CAGAUGACCCAUCGUGACCUUCGACGCCCGCCACCAGAGACUUCUUCCAGAAACCAAUAAAGAAAUCGUUCUUCCACAACCGUCAAAAUGGUCUCUUUCACCCCCUUCGCUGCUGGCCUCGUCGCCAUCUUCGCCUCCUCUGCCAUGGCUGCCCCUACAAACGCUGCCGCCGCCGCCUCCGGCCCCUCUGUCGGACUCGGCGCCUGCGGCCAGCUCCAUCAGGACAGCGAGUUCGUCGUCGCCCUCUCCCGCACCGACUUCAACACCCAAACCCCCGGCGGCAACCCCAACAACAACCUCUCUGCGGUCGCCGCCUCCGCGCCAGCUUUCGAGGGCAAGUCCGUUGAGGUCGCCGUUGUCGACCGCUGCCCUGCCUGCUCCGCCGGCAGCUUGGAUCUCAGCCCCGCUGCCUUCUCGCAGCUCGCUUAUCUCGGCCGUGGCCGCAUUCAGGGUUCUUGGGUCUGGCUCUAAAUUCCUUGACUACCGAGGAAUACCAACAAUGGCAAUGAUAUGGAUCUUGCUUGGGAGAUGGAUGGGUAGGCAUGGAACUGAUGGUAUCUGAUUGAGAUCUGGGGGAGGAGGAUCGGUGCUAUUUGGGGGCAUGUCGACACCCGUCUGGAAUGGGCAAGGAAUUCAUGGGAGUGGAGUGGCUGGCCUGAGGCUGGUCGCAUAGGAUGGGAACGCGAUUCCUAUCUUGGCAUCCAUAGCUUUGAGUGUUUAGUAGAGGAGAC